GAACUGUUGAUAAUUAGCUUCAUCAUAACAUAUGAUUUUUCUUUUAUAUUUUCUUACAAGUCCCGUGUCUAUGGUCAAGUUUACUAGAGUCGCGUCAUGGUCCGAGAUGUUACGGUCUACGUCGAUCGUAUCAGCAAGUACAUACAGGCACAUGUCAGAAAGUAGUAUUGGGUCAAGUAGUGAGGCGCGCGUGCGACCUGUCCUAGUCGGUUUAUCUAUAACGUUAGUCAGAUGGAAGGAGUUCAUUAUGUCAACGAGUCUGUGAUUAUUGUCUACAGUCAGAAGAUCAACAUUUAUGUCACCUACAACUAUUACAUACGGAUUCUCGUUUAGUGCUUUUUCCAUAGCAUAUUGGAAGUUGUUCCAAUAAGACGGUAUACAGUUUGGGGGUCUAUAGGUGGUACACAAUAAGAGUUUUCUGUGAGGAAACUGGAUUUCUAACCAUAAUACUUCGCCAACCUGGAACUCAAGGUCUGGUCUACGACAAGUGGAUAAGAGGCUGGAAGUGUAAACAUUUAUACCCCCACCCGGAGCACCACGGUCUUUACGAUAUAAGUCAAAGUUGUCUAAGAGAAUGUCAUCGUCUGCUACAGAACUGUCACUGGAUUAAGUCCCCUAAAUAAUCAAUAGAAUUAUACAGCCCACCGUUCCCGCUACAUGUGGUUAGCAUAUAUCGACACCACGGAGAAAAGCGCACUACCAGUGUUUGUUUCUUUGACAUGGCUGUCGACGGUCUUCAGAUUGCCACGCAGGGCUUCGACUUUAAGGGUUACCUACAAGGACCGUACCCAAUGAUCUCAAUAUGAUGGGCAAAGCGGUGAGUCGGGGAUCCUCCCUGGAGAAUGGUCUGCAGGCCAAGCCCAUCCUCACUCAGUCCCCUACUGAGGACGACAAGGAUGACAGGAUUGCGACAGCUGGUGGCCAGCCGAGGGUAUAUAAGCGGCGGUGGAUCAUGGUGUUUCUGUUCUGCUUCUACUCCAUGAGUAACGCCUACCAAUGGAUACACCUCAAUAUAAUUGCGAACGUCAUCAUUAAGUACUACAAUCAGAGUUUGCCUGAAGAUAAUUUUAAAAGGGAGACAACUGUUGAUUGGCUGUCCAUGAUUUAUAUGUUGGCAUACAUUCCAUUGAUUUUCCCUUCAACGUUCUUGUUAAACAAGAAAGGCUUACGUGUGGUGGCUAUAUGUGGUUCCUUCCUCAAUGCGCUUGGUGCGUGUCUCAAAUUAGCAUGUGUCUCACCAGACAGAUUCCCUGUAUUAAUGUUUGCUCAAACUGUCUGUGCAAUAGCGCAGAUCUUCAUUCUUGGACUUCCAGCCCGCAUUGCUGCCGUUUGGUUUGGACCGAACGAAGUGUCCACAGCUACAUCUCUCGGGGUGUUUGGGAAUCAGGUCGGCGUGGCUAUUGGAUUCCUAGUACCACCUUUGAUAGUGAAAAACAGCGAGGACUUAGACGAGAUAGGAGCCGGUCUAUGGGCGAUGUUUAUAGGUACAGCUAUCGUCACCGGAGGCCUGUUCCUACUAGUACUAUUAGUUUUUCGAGAGAGGCCCCACACACCGCCUAGUAAGGCACAGAUGAUUGCUGUGGAAAACGAAGCGAAUGAACAUUACGGGAAAUCUCUUUUGAACUUGUUCAAAAACAGAGGAUUUGUCAUAUUGACUAUAACAUAUGGUAUCAAUACUGGCUGUUACUAUGGUAUAUCAACGUUACUCAACCCCGUGGUCCUAAACUACUUCCCGGGCGAAGAAGAGAACGCCGGACUGAUAGGACUGACCAUAGUGUUGGCCGGAGUAGCAGGUUCUAUCGUGGCCGGAAUAUGGUUGGACAGGACCAAAACAUUCAAGGAUCAUCGGACAUUGUCUCAUCCGUCAAAGAAAAUCAUAGAUCUUCCCAGGACCCGUCUACUGGCCUGUCGGCUUUCCGCAAAUCGAUUCAAAGCUACCAACCUUCGGCAGCGACUGAAGACAUCAUCAUGUCGUCAUGGCGAAGUACAACUAAAAGACAAUAUGAUGUAUACAUUGCCAAAUGGAUGGACUAUGCAGGUGGACGGAGUAUCGAUCCCUUUUCACCCCCUGUGGGAACUAUUUUAGACUUUUUGACAGAAGCAUAUCACAAAGGGGCAGGGUACAGCACAAUUAAUACUGUGAGGUCUGCACUAUCAUCCUUCAUUUCUAUAAAUGGGCAGCCAUGCGGUACAUUACCGAUUAUUAAAAGAUUUGUGAAUGGUGUGUUUCAACUAAGACCAGCGUUACCAAAAAACCAGGUGAUUUGGGAUCCUCAGAUUGUAUUGGAACAUAUAAAAAGUAUAAUUGUUUAGGAUGCUACACUGAAAAUGCUGUCUAUGAAAACAGUGGUGUUGUUGGCAUUGCUUUCAGCACUGAGGACACAGGCAUUGCAUUUAGUGGAUAUACGAAAUGUGACAUUAACUAAAGACAAUGUUAAAAUCCGAUUCAGGGAUGUAUUAAAACAGACCAGACCUGGUUUUCACCAGGCAGAGCUCCUUUUGCCAGCCUUUGCGGAACAGGAGCUGUGUAUAGUCCACACACUUUCUAUUUACCAGGACGAUACGCAAAGACACUACUAAACUUUUUAUAAGUUACCAGGAACCACAUCGAGCAGUGUAUAGGCCACUAUAGCCAGGUGGAUCAGAUGCGUCCUUGGUAGUUCAGGGGUUGAUAUGACUAUCUUCACCCAACACAGCACUCGUGCUGCAGCCACCUCAGCAGCAUCAAGGGGUCAUGUCCCCAUUCAAACUAUUCUGAAAACAGCAGGAUGGAAUUCCACUAGUGUUUUUGGAAAAUUUUAUCACAAGCCAUUGGUACAACAAGCAGGACUGUUACCAAGUGAGAGUGUCCCUGCCCCAUAGAUAUUGCUCAGUGACAGUACUGCAAAGAACAGUUUAAUGUAAUGUAUAUAGUGUACAUACAUGUACCUUAUUAUCGUGUGGAAACUGUAAUAACUAUCCUAGACCUACAACAUUUAAUAUGGACAAUACAUGGGGUAAAUUUACUUGUGUUUCAUUCAUUAUGGAGUGACAAGAACUGUUUACAACUUAAUGCGACUGUGCAGUCGAUAUCACGUUUGUUUUACAUACAUGUAUAUGUAUUAUGUGUUGAGUUUAUUACACAGGUUAAAUUGGUUUUCUGUGUUUUUGUCGUUUUUCUGGUUCUAUUUUACCAGUUCGGAAACACUCUCUUUGAACAUCUCAUGUGACCCCUAGUACCGACAGAGAAGAGAACAGAAUUGUUAAAUUAAAUGAGACUUACCUGUAAGUUGAAAUUUGAUGUCAAUUCUGUUCUCUCCUCUGCAGGUACCUAGGGGUUACAACCCACCCUUUUUAUUACCCUCCAUUUGUCUUUAGUUUAUAUAUGUUGUGGAGGUUUUAACUCUGGGACGUUUGAGUGAAAGAUCUCUUGAUCUUUUUAGUUAUUGCCAGAGUCUGGUACACUGGUUUUAACCAGUGCACAUUAAGUGUUUCCUCACUUCUUUGAAUUAUUACUGUACGCAUGCGCACGCAUCUCAUGUAACCUCUAUGUACCUGCAGAGGGGAGAACAGAAUUGACAUCAAAUUUCAACUUACAGGUAAGUCUCAUUCAAUUUAACAAUUAUCUACGUUGUUUGUUUACAGGGCCA